ACUGGCCAUCUCGCAGGUACAGCUGCUCCAACCUCUCCCCUCGCUCCUCGAAUUGGCGGCGCUGGUCGGCCGAGCUAGGACGGCGCGACACGACUAGACCCCGUAUCUUGUCAUGAUGCGAGGGACCGUGUUCUGAUCGGCGCCUAAUUCCCUCGAACGAAGUGGUUCUUCAGCUUGUCAAACUACUACGGCCUCAUACCCAUUUCUUCGCCCACCCAUCGCAUCGCGUUGGAAAAGUUCUUGCCGCCAUGAAGUCCAACAUUGAGUUAAUCAGCGACACGGACCGCUUCCCCCAUGCUACAGACGACGAUGAGGGCGAAAGGACCUUGGUGGCGAAUGAGGGCUUGUACCGACUGAUGUGGAAAGACGCAGACGGCCAGUACCCCAUCGGCUAUAUGUUGGGUCGCGUCGUUCAAGAACUUGAGCAGGUGCCUGCUGAUGUCGUGGGCGAGAUCAAGGUCGACCACGUCCUCCGCACUCUGUCCCUAUUCCAGCUCCCGACCGAGGCGGAGAGAAGCCGUUCCGCUGCUGCCCUAGCCAGUUAUUGGCGUCAAAGGGACACGUUUAAGCUGCUCAGAGGCUGGCGAGACGAAGUCUGGCCCGUCUACAGCCGCAAGGGCGAGCUGCUCUUCAGCAUUGAGCGCGCGGCCAUGGGACUUCUCGGCACGAUGCGUUACGGCGUUCACAUGACGGCAUACGUUACCGACCCCUCCGCGCCACACGGAAUCAAGCUCUGGGUGCCCAAGCGCGCCGCUGACAAGUCGACGUUUCCCGGCAUGCUUGACAACACUGUCGCGGGCGGGCUCAUGACAGGCGAGGACCCCUUUGAGUGCAUUGUUCGUGAGGCCGAUGAGGAGGCGAGCCUUCCAGACAAGCUAGUCCGUGAUGGAGCCCGCAACGUCGGCACAGUCACGUACAUAUACGUCACCGAGGAGAAGUAUGUCGGCGAGGAUGGCUUCAUCUACCCCGAGUGUCAAUGGAUCUAUGAUCUCGAGCUACCUGACGAUGUGAUCCCUCAGCCUAAAGACGGCGAAGUCGACGAAUUCUACCUGUGCGACGUAAAUCAGGUCAAGAGGGAUCUUGCCAACGACAAAUUCAAGCACAACUGUGCUCUUGUCGUACUCGACUUCUUCAUUCGCCAUGGCAUCCUGACCGACGACAACGAAUCAGAGCUGCCUGCCAUCAAGGACAGAAUGCACCGCCGAAUGCCCUUUCCGGGACCCCACCAAAGCGGCUGGAGGCACGCGCGAUAGUGCGCGCGCGCGGGGGGGGGGGCCUUCUCGUCCCAGGUGUAGACUCUUUAGGGGUAGUAGAACCCAACUGGGCGAAGGGGCGCGGGGGUGCCACCGCGGAGAGAAGCGCUGAGAGCUUCGCCUGAACAGACAACGGGGCCAUCAUCUAUUUUUUAAUGAGUAGGUAGACGUUGUCGACCCGCAGCGGCGUGAGCUUUUUUACGGGACCCUGAAGCGACAUGAGGAGACCGCCAAACGAGACGUAUGCGUUACUGCAGCGAAACACC